GUGUAUUUGCAGGCCGCACACUGUGCUAGCCAACAGAUUUUCACCGCAGCAAGUGGUAUUGUGGAGAACGUGGCAAGCGAGGUUCUUACGCAAACAGACAUCGAACACCCAAACCUCGACUACAUCAUGCGGGUUGUAAACCGCAAGAGGCAACGGCUCCGUCCAGAUGAUCCCCAGGAUUUGGACUUUGAGCUACAAGAGGACUUCCUGCCGGAUGGUUUUUUGAAAGGAGACAUUAAAGUUGACGGGAGGAGACACCUAAUCUUCGCCACCGACGAGCAGUUUAGCCUCCUAAAGACCGCCAAGAGAUGGUACUUGGACGGUACAUUUAAGGUUGUGCGAAAACCAUUCGACAACCUGAUGAGUGUUCACGCUUUCCGUGAGGCGAGGCGACUGUGCCAAGCAGAUACCCCUGGUAUUUGUUUUGAUGUCAGAGCGACGAACAGUCGACUACAUCAAGGUUCUACAGGUUAG